AUGAGGUCGGUAGAAGAAAUCAAUGUGAGGACGUAUAAUCCUAACAUUUAUUUCAGCAGUUUGAACCAAACUCAUCAAAGUGCAAGGGUCUCGAAACAGUCUCAAACCUCAGCAAGAAACAAGAGAGUCAAUUAUUCAUUGGCUGAUUUGGAGGCAAAGAUAUAUAAUCAGCCCAAGGGAAGCGAUAAAGACGACAUAAAUCAACUGACAGGAUCUGAUAAGCAUGCCUUGCCUGAUUUGUUACGAUCUAAUAAGCGGUUCAUGGAACUUGACACAGAAAACUAUCAAGAUCUUCGUGAAGUUACAACUCUUCUCAGUAACAUCACGGGGCUGAACAAAGAUAAGAUCGAUCAAACAAGCACCGGUAUAUUAUCUGAGCAACAAUCAGGCUCAGGUUCAUCCAGACAGAGGAUGGCCAAGUUCGAUUUGCCCAAGUCUAUGAAUUUAUUGUAUAAAUCAAGCAAGCCGCCUCGGAAAUCAAAGAAAAGUUCCAACAGAAUAUCAGCACUAAGGAAAGUACUUUCAAGCAGAAGGUCUUUACACUCCUAUCUAGAAACUUUAGACCAAGUGAACCACACACUCAUUUAUAGUAACGUUCAAAACAAGAAGUUUUUCAGGGUCUUACCAAUGAUCGUCACCUGCUCUAUGUGUGGUGGUUACUCCAGUAUAUCUAACUGCGUUGUUUGCAAUGACAAGAUAUGCAGUCUUCGCUGUUAUGAAUUACACAGUGAAACAAGAUGUAACAACUGA